AGGAUUUUGUACAUUUGAUGUGAUGACAUGAUUGGCUCAACUUUCAUCCUUGCGUUCAGUUGUAGUACUUGUUCUUGUCUUUUUUCCUAAAUGUUACACAAUCCUGCAGUGAAUUGUGGCAUUACCUGUUGAUGGAUUAACAGUUGGACAUUAUACUCAUUCCAGUUGGACAAAGGAAUCAUGGCACUCAGAGGGAAAGUAGUUUAUUUUCAAGAUGAUCAGUUUUUCUUCAGCCGUGCUCCAAGAAUGCCAGAAGAUGACAUCAUUAUGUCAGAGGUUGCUAUCCUUACAGGAGGGAGAGACCAGCAUGGCAGGCCAAUCAUUGCAUUUCCAGCCAGGUAUCACACGAUACUGGAGUCAAAGGUCAAAGCAAGUGGUAUGGAUAGUCUUCUCCGAUACUACAUUGACAUCACAAGGGUAGCUGACAGGAAGCGUGGCUUUGCAUUUGUCACCGAUCUCAGAUUCUCUACAUUGGAUUUUAUUCUCCUGAUGAAAUCAAUACUCAACAGCAUCCAGGCUGAGAUGAAAGGAGCAAUAGGAACCUGUGUGCUUUAUGCAAUACUUCCACUCAACAAGAAAACGCACAAAGAUACUUUGACUCAUCUAGCGCUGAGACAAAGCAAGAAGAAGAUGAACAAGAAUAUUAUACCACCUUACUUCCAGAGCGUUGCCAUUGAUGAUGAAGUGGAGCUGUACAACUACAUUGAGAAAUCUCACCUGACACCAGAACUAGGAGGCUAUCUACAGUACUCACACCGUGAUUGGGUUGCAUUUAGAAAGAUUGUUGAGCCAUUGUUUGGUAAUUUUGAGUUUGUUCAAGUCAGACUUAGUGACACCUACCAACAUCUUUCUGCAAUGGCAAAAACAAAUGUAGGACACAGUAAAGAACAGCUCCAACAAACACACAGCCAACUGCAAGAGACUUACUAUGAUAUUAGAAGAGGAUUGCAACUAGAUCAAGUUCUUGAUCAGUGUGAAGAGCUCCUUGCAAGAUUCUCCAGCUGUGAUGAAGAGGAUGUAUUCACUGUCUUAGCUCAGAAACCAGUUUUUAAGGAAACAAAGGAGAUGGUGGAAGGAUGCCGUGAUCAGCUGAUUGCUGCAAAGAAAAAGAUUGAAGAUGAUUGGCAUAGCACGUCUAGCUGGAUCAUUCAAGCUAUACAGCUCAUUGAGUAUAGAGAGGAUGUCAAUAAGUUACUGGAUUGGUUGAAAUCCAAGAAAGAAAGAGAUCUCCAACAUGUUGCUGAUAUCGCUGAUAAUCUGAGCCGUGCUGAGAUGUUGUGUAAUCACUUUGAGACAGGAUUUCUCCUCAAGGCUGAGGAGAAAAUGUCCAGGGUCAGUGACCUAGUGCAGCAGGGGGAGGAAAUGGCUAUGAAUAAUGGCAAUUCCAGCCGAGGGGAAAUCAUGACGCUCGCCAACACGUUGAAGCAACAUUCAAAGGACUUCCAGAAUGCUUUGCAGAAACACCAGCACAUUCUACAGUCAGUCUAUCGGUUUCAUCAACUCUACAAUGAGGCACGACGCUGGUACAUCAGUUGCAUCAAAUUUCUGCCCCCUGACCUGUACGACCUCUACACUGACCUUAAAUCACACUCACAAAGUCAUGAUUCCCAGGCAUUACGUCUCCAGUGGGAGGAAGAUGUUAGACGGUUUCUGCACAAACACCCCUUGAUGGCAAAAGAAGAGUUGAAGCAAGUGAAGCUGAUACCUGAGGACAUUGGAGCCGCUUCACUAAAGAAGAAAGGACGACUACUGUCCUACAGGUGCCUCAUUUUGACAAAUUUACUAAGUCACAGACUGAAGAUCUCUGCUUCAAACAUCAGAGACAUCCUGAAAUGGCAGUCAGAAAUUCGCAAUCGAUCAGAUGAUUCAGCAUCCCAUCAAAGUGAAAGACUGCCCUCUAGUGAUCGAAUGCAUAAAGUAUCGUCAUCAAAUAGUCUGGAUUCAUCAGAUCAAACCAGACACGAGAAACCAGAUAAAGGGAGACAGGGUAAAAGUCAUUUGGCAAAGACAAAAGUUGAGAAAGAAGAUUUCCAUAACAGAGGUACACAAACCCCAGACAGGGUCAGAAGACACAACAAACAGAGAGACAUAUAUCCCGAUAACAGUAAUUCUGUUGAAGAUACAGAUGACGAUCCCUUGAUUCAAAAGAUAGGGCAUCCAGGUUCAUUCUAUGACAAAUACAGUAACAGACAGGGUCAAAUAAUGAGUGAUGAUGAUGCUGCUGACGGUAUUAGAAAAACCCAGGAGGAUGUACAAAGAAACAAAAACAUCUCAACGAUGGCUGAGCGGGAAAUAGCUCACGCACAGCAGGCAUCGGUAUCACAGCCAACUGUCCUUACAGAACAGACUGUGAGAGGUCACUCGCCAUCAAGGCAGUCCUCUAGGGAAUAUAGCUCACAAAAGUAUGGCAUAUAUGGAGAUUCUGAUUUUGAAGAUGAUACUGCAGUGACCAUACAUCAUAAGGGACAUCCUCCUUUGCCACAAGGACUCUCAGAAUACCUGUUGCCUGGCAACCAGAUGCAUCAUCAAGAUAAUCACUUCAUCUUGUCAUCUUCAGAUCCUUCCAAUGUUGUUGGUGAGAAUCAGAUAUCAAACUAUGGGUUAAUGCAGCCAGACCCAACCCAGACCACGAGAUAUCCUCCCCAACUUGGUGCAUAUGACGCACAUUCACAGCAUACAGCAGUUCCUAACGGCGCACCUGCUAUCCUCAACACCAAUCAAAGCUCCUCCUUAGACUUGCAUUCGCAACCAGAGAAUCGCACUUCACCUUACCAGCUGCGUCCUACCUCGUCAUCGCAAAGGUCUUUGCCACAACGACCUCCAAUGAGCUUCCAUGGUAGCUUGAUGAAUAUUCAUCAAUUACAUGUGGACAAUGAUUUCUCUGCAACGGGUGAACCACAUGCUAGGCACAAUGAAGUACUGAACAGUUCUCCACUUACAAAGCAUAGAAGUUUGAUCAACCUGAGUCAAUCCCCAAUUAUGGAUCAAACACAUAGUGGAAUUAUUCAGAACAACUCAAUUCAGACAUCACCUGUAAGAUCAAAUCACAAAGUGUAUUCAUCUCCAAGCAGUGGGGGUAAUGCCUCCAUGCAGGAUAGCAGAAUAUACCUCGCAGAAGAUGGCUCUGUAAAUCCAUACUGGUCUGUACGGCCAUUGCUGCAACAUGGAAUGUCAGAACCAAAUGUUAAUACUCCAUUUCAUGAUGAUGUGGCCUCUCCAUACAGUCAGGUUCUAACUAACUUAAUGACUGUACGCCAAGUAACAAGUGCCAGACCAUUCAGGUCAAGAAAACGGCCAAAUUUAGCUCACUCCAAGUCAAAGAAAAUAAAUACUCUGGAUUCUCAUUCUGUAUCUCGUAGUGAAAUGGAUCUACAGUCUGUGCCACGGAACCAUUCACUUCCAAAUGGUCUGUCCGUCUCAGAACAAGCAUUGCAUCACGAUGAACCUAGCCAUGAACAAAGCUCACCACCAAAUAUCACGGCAUCAGCUUAUCCUAGCGUUGUUGGAUCUGACCCCCAGGUUGAGUAUUAUAAGAAAUUGUAUUCCUCAUCUACACCACAGUUAAACCAUUCUACCUCUGCAUCAGGACACAAAAAAAGAGAGUACACUUUGGAUCCUUCCGGUCAUACAUGGAUGCACGAUAUCCCAGUAACUCAGACGAGACGUUCACCACAACUCUCUGCUCGGAUACCAUCAUCUCUUCCUCUGUCUCCUCUUGCUCUUCUUGAGUUAGAGGUUGCCAAGGAAACCAUGGAUGCUAAGGAUGCUAAAAUAGAGGAUGAAUAUAAUGAGGAGCAGAAGAGAAGGCAAGGUGUGAUUGACAGCAUUGUUAACCAAUCAAAAUCAAGUAUCAUAUCACAUGAUGAGAGAGCUUCCCUUGACCGAAUCCAGUCAAAGGGUCAUAAAGGUCGUAGUUUGGAAAAGAGGAAAAAACAUGCAAAUGCACUGAGUCCCCCAAGAAAUGUGGAUGAAAAACUGAGAAAUUCCUCCCCUAAUGUAUUCAUUUCUAGAGAGGGGCAGUACUUGUCACUUCACCAGAAUGGACAGUCAUCUUCCUUUCAGCCUCAAGAAGUCGGCAUGAAGUUGGAGAAUGGCUGGAAGAGGCAUUUCAGAGAUUCAUUUGUGUCUCCAGUGGUAGCUUACCAUUCCACACCAGUGUCAGUCCACAGACCAAGUGCUAAGCAUCAGUUUAGCCUGUCUACAACACUCCCCCAAGAUCAACAAAUUCAAGCUCUUCUCACCUCAAAUGAACGUGAUUACAGACAGCGCGAACAGUUAGUUGGCAAUGCCCAGAGGCAUACUGUAUACAAAGUAGGUGAAAGCCCUGGCAUAUCAACUGCUGUGUAUCCGAGGGACCAGGUUAGAAGACGACAAGCAGAGAUGAAUUGGAGACAGGAACAUCUGAGGGAGUUAGACUUAUCACCUAAGACUCAACCUCAUCUUCUUGGUCCUCAUUUGAGGGAUGAAACCUCAUCAGAACCUCUUUCUGACUGGAGGGAGCAACAUUUACAAGAUCUUGGGAUAACACCAAGCAUGCCGCAGUCUAACUUGAGAUACAAUCCAACCAGCAGAAAUCCUUCAAGUAUUUCUGCCUCAGAGGAUUAUGACUGGAGAAAUCAGCAUCUGAUAGACCUGGGAAUAUCCCCAAACAUGCAUCAAUUUACAGGAAAUCAAGUUCCAACUCAGGCAGAGACGUCUGUCGGUUUUUUAAUUGAAGGAACUAAAAAUGACUGGAGGAAGCAACAUCUGUUGGAACUUGGUUUAUCCCCCAACAUGCAUCUCUCUAGACAAAAGCAACGUUCGGUCAUUGAGAGAGAGAGUACUAGGAACCUGGAGUCAAACUCUGCCUUGGGUCUGAACAAGCCAGUAGAACCGAUAGCGUGUCAGAGAGCUGUGACAAGGUCUGUUGACCUUAGAGAUAGUGUACAAAAUAUUGCUCCGAUGACCGGCAGAUCACAAGGUGUUAAUGAGAGCGGGCGGAGUUUGGAUGAUAUGGACGAGAUCCACCAACUUACGGAUGAAACAGCCAAAAAGAGUUUUAGAUUUGCACACCUAUCUGAUGAGACCAUCUUAGAUGCUGAAGAGAAAGUGCAAGAGGAGUUAGCUCAGAAGCUUCACCUGCUUGAACUUAAACUGAAGGCGGAAGAGACGUCACUGAUGUACAGCGACUUACUUGAUACAGAAAAGGCAGGUCUGAACCUUGAACUGAGAGAUUUAGAUCAAGAAGAAGCAGCAUUACAGAGAGACACAAACCAUCAAGGGAUUUCUCAUCUGAUACAGCUUAAUGGUGAUGUCAGACCCACACAUCUGAUUGGUCAGCGCAAUCAGCAGGUAGCUAAAUCUCCUCAACCGACACCGUCUGAGGAAAAUGUCCUCUCACAGCGCUUUAAGAGGAGUCAACCUGUGCAUGCCAGUCAGCACCCUGGUCAACCAGGAAAGAUCCAGGGUGAUCAGUACACUGCAGUUAAUAAGGACCAGUCCAGUCAUCCACGUCUGCUACAGGGUGCUGUUCAGCCAUCAGUUACUUGGACAACUCAAUGUCAGGAAGCGAAUCAGCAUCGUGGCUACCACGCAACACUCAGCAAUGCUGAUUCUGCUAAGCAGGUGAAAGCUCAGUUAUUGUUUAAUGAUAAUGACGAAGGAGCUAAAAAUGGAGCAAAGAAGCUGCCUCAAGAAAGUGUUGGUUCAAGAGAUGUGCUUCAAAAGAUAGGUUCUGGCACAGUUAAAAUCAUGGAGAAGUCUUUGUACAAAGUUAACCCUAACCAAUCUGAUAUAAUUGAGUACAAAUCUUAUAAUGGUACCAGUGAUGUAAAUAAAGUCAAGGAUAAGGCUAAUGGAGAUAUUCAUGUUGCAAAUACCCAAGAUGUACUUGAUGAUCAGCAUCAUACAGUCAGUGCACAGGUGCAGGACCAUUCAGUGGCUGGAGCUGAUGCUAAGCAAAUUGAUUUAGUCAACCAUCAUGGCAACAUUGAUGCACAGAAAUCUGCUGAUUCUGGGAGACGUAUUGUCAACUCUGUCUCUGGUUAUGGAGAAGGUCAGGAGCUGGUUGACAAACCAGCUAAAGAUGACUCCUCCAUGCUGGUAUUACCCGACAACAGAUAUAAUGGUGGGAGUAGAGAACCGACUAGAAAGGAACCCAACGGGGUCAUGAAGGAAGAGAAAAAUGAAUCUGAUAAGUCAGUCACUAAUGCAACAAAGAGACAUCAGGCUCUUGUAAAUUCUAGAGAUGUGGAGAUAAAAGAGCUUGUUGACAAUGAAAGAAUGCUGGAGGCAGACAGAGUUGUUCCAAGGGAAGAUUUGAAACAAACUUUGUCCGAGAGAGAUCAUACUGCAGCUGACUACAUAGCCUGUGCAUUAGGGAUGGACUUUGUGAAUGACAAGGCCAGUUUGACUGUCCAGCCAUACAGCAACUCAAGUAAGUCUAUCACACAGCAGCUUGAUGAGCAGAGGCUUGAAUUGAAUAAUCAGAACACUCCUCGUGUUAAUUUGCCAAAGUCGCAAGGUAGCUUAGAUGAAGGUCCUUGCUCUCCAAUACGGCAGUGGUUGAAGGAAAAGGAAAGUUUAGAAAUAGAAAGUGGACAGUCAGGUUAUUCUGAGCAAAAUUUGACCGGUAGAGUUGAGGAUGAAAAGAUAUCAAACGUUGAUUUUGCUCAUUCUGCUGUUGAAUCACCAAUAAAUGCAAGCCAUGCCCAAAGUCCAACAAUGAGAGCACAGAGUACUUCACCCAUUAGACAGUGGCUAAGGGAACAAGAAGAGAAAGAAGCUCGCUUGAAACAAGACAGUUCAAUGAUUGAUUUGGGGAAAGGCUCUGAUGUGAGGCCUGUGGGUUCAUCAGGUGACUUAGAGAGCUCUAGGGAUUUGAAACAGAGUCCUGAUUCCACUAGACGACGGACUAAUUCAUUAAUUCCAAUACCCGUUGAUUCUAAAAGAAUUCCCGGUGCUCUGAAGCACGCUCCAUCAGAAACAAGACAGAAGUCUAGUUCAUCUAUCCCUGUGUACAAAGGUCUCUCUAAAUCUUCACCGAAAGAACCCUCUCCUUCCCUCAAUCUGGAAGUCGCUGAAAAAGCACCUGAACAUACGCUUGAAACUUUGGCAUCACCUGGUAUUAGAUCAAGGAAAUCUAACCCAUAUUCCAAAAUACCAGUGAAGAAGGUUUAUACAGCUUUAAAAGAGGGGGGAUACCUGGAGGAAAAACACCACCAACAGAAGUCACAGCAAUUACCUGCUUCAGAAAAGCAAAAGACUCACUCUAAAGUUCAACACUCUGACGAUCCAAAUAGUGAACGAAGCGGGCCUGUUCUUCAAAGGCAAGGAACUUUUACGAAAGAACCCAGACCAACUUUAACCAGAGAAGGAACAUUUACUAUUGAUACAGAACAGGGCAGACAAGAAAGUCAAGAUGCUAUCAUUCAAAGGAAAGCUACCGAAGAGAAGAAUGCUCAUCACUCUAGCGGUAUUUUCUCCCCGUUAGCAUUGGUCUUGGAUCACAUGGUGAAAAAGGGGAAUACAUCCACACCUGUCGGGAAGCAAGAAAAACAAGAUUGGAAAAAACAUCCAGACUCAACCGAGGAAACAUUUGAAAACAGCUCCACAGAAAGUUCUAUGAGCCCCACGACAAAGUCGACCGUAGUCGUAAGUAAAAAUCCAACAACAAACCUGCACAACACUAAAAACUAUUAUAUUAGUGUACAAAAUAACGACACAAAUAAUAAAGGUGAAAUUACAGCGCCAGGGGUCUUAGGUCAGAGAGUUUACAAUGGCAGUUAUAAUGGACUGACUGAAAGCGAUAGGAAGGAACAAGAUGACCUAGAUGACAGUGAGUUAGAAAAGAUGAUGACAACAAAAAGUCAGUUGGCUGAGAUCAGGAAUUUGGAAAUUGAAAAUCGUCACUUAGCCUACGAAAGGAAGGAGAUUGAAGCACAUUUGAUUAAAAAUAUCAAACAACAAGCACAUGUAUCUGAUGAAGGGUAAGACUUGAUCAGCACCAGUUUUAGUAUUUAAAUCAUGAUCAUUGUCAGAAUGAUUCCAAAGGCUUUUACAAUCAAGGUUUCCAUGCUAACUUGCAAUCACUGAAGUAAUUUCAGAAUUUUGUUGUCCUAUGUAAUAUGAACUGUUUUCCAACCCUUUUGCAUACUCUGCUUCACAAAGUUUACUGUGGAUAAUUCAAAUGCCCAUGCACACUCAUAUUGAAUAUUUUGGCAUGUGUCCAUGUUUGCCUUAUUUCUUUUGUAUCCUUCUGUUUUGACCAUUCUGUAAGUUUGGUGUUGAAUUUAUUGCACGUUAUCUGAGAUGAUUUUGUAAGUUUUGAAUGCGUCUCUUAAUUUGCCAGAGUGAUCAAGUAAUGAAAAUUACCUGCCAAACAUAUACAAAAAAGUCUUUAUUAAAAUUCAGUGAUAUUUCUGUGUCAAAUUACAGGUUAUUUUGUGUAACAAGAACAAGAAUACUGGUACAACACUUUUAGAUCCCUUCUUUGCAACGUAUCCUAUGUGUAUGUGUCCUUCAUAAUCCAUUACCCAACCUUGCUGAAGGACUCCCUUUAUGGCCUCUCCUACCAAGUACAUGUACAUGUAGAUCAUGAUGACUGAGACCAGCCAAGCAUAUUUUUUGUUUAGAACAUAUCAGCUAAAAGAUAAACAUGUGGGGAUAUUUCUUGGGCAUUGUAAAUAAAGUACAUUUUUGUACAAUACGUCAAAAGUACAUUUUAUGCAUGAAUAUUUGCAUGUUCUUUCAGAUGUAUCAAAGGCAUGUACAUGUAGAUACCAGGCACUGCGGACAUUGAUUUAAUUUGACCUGGUUUUUUAGUACUCCUUGGGUGUGUAAAAUAGUCGAUUUGUUGUAGAUUUGUUUUUUGUAUUUAUUCAAUGCAUAUAUUUUAUCAGGUGUUGGGAUUUGUUCUAUUUGUUAUUGUUUUUCAAGCAUUACCCACUUUGCAAUUUGCAGAACUUUGCUGUAUAUUAAUGUAUAAUACAUUGUAUUUUGAGGGGCAUUGUGUUAAUGUAUGUACCCAUAAACAUGGAAUGCCGCUGUAAGUCACGCUCAAAUGGUAAUAUGGUAAUGAGUAUGAACAGGAACAAGGGCAGAUCCAGAAUCAAAUUUGGGGGUUGGGCCAUUUUCGGGGAGGGUAAAACUUUGGGAUUGUUUCUAUAUAAUGUUGUUGGUCUUUCUGAGGAGUGAGGCUGAAUUGUGGAUUUUACACACAAUUAGGAAAGAGGAGGAAGGAAAUUGACCAACAUAUUGCCUUUAUCUCAUUGAAAAAGCUCCUUUGCCCCCCCUGCAACAUGAAGUUUUCUGUAGGUCAACACAGGUAAAUCAGAUGGCUGUCUUGGGUUUGGAAGGCAGCCCUGCUUCCAGCUUCAAGCAUUAAGGGGGCCACAGUAUCAGGUAGGGGGCCAGAUAACAUAAACAAAAUCUAUUUUUUAUGCUUAUACUUUUUACUGAUGGUGGGGGGAGCUUCCCGCCAGAGGGGACCUGGUCCCUUUGGCCCCUCCCCCCUUGGCAACAGGCCCAUUGGAAUGUGAGCAGACUGCCCAAGAAAUGGGUAUGUCAGAUAGUGAAAAAAUGUGAGUCAAGUGGUAUGUUAUUGUAUUACAUUAUUGGUUACUUUUGUCUCAUUGGUACAACAUACCAUUUUUUUGUACAUAAUUUAUCUAGUGAUUGGGGUUAAAUGUUGUGAUUGCAGUGGUUUAUACCAACACUCAGAACUAAUGUUUGAUCAUAAUAUCAAAAGCAGUACACUGACAUCAUGUCCUCAGUUUAAAUGUUUUGGGCUCUGUUAUAUUAUUAUAACAUUAGUAAACACUUUCUUUGAAAAGUGCUCAAUUUGUUUUGUUUUAACUGAUGUAAGUUAAGAAAUAUCCAGUUAAUAGGUUAAUGCCAAGGUGUGCCUCUUGCCCAUGUUUUCAAGUUAAUUAUUUACUUUUGACUAAAAGUGAGGAGUGACCAAAGUUCCAGUUCAGUCAUAAUCAUUUGAGCCAUGCUUCCCCUGCUUAUCUGUGCAUUUGAGUGCAUUUCUGAUCAACUUUCAAAUGUACUUUAGAACCUAAAAUUAAACUAGAUAAAACACAGAACUUUUUCUGUUUUCCCCACAUAAUAAUUUUGUUUAUCCCUGUGUUAAUCAGAUUAAUAAACCCAUUUCUUUAUUUGA